AUGGCCAUAGAGAUGGUCCCAGUCCCUGUGGGAGCCGACGAUCCUUCGGCUGUCUCGUCCAUUAGAAUCUUGACCCUGAACUGCUGGGGACUUAAGUACCUCUCCAAGUACCGGGCAGAACGUCUCGCGGAAAUAGGGAAUCGCAUAGCCAGCUACUCCCCCGAGCUGGACAUUGUCGGCUUGCAAGAAUGCUGGACGUUCGCCGACUACCUGGCCAUCCGGGACCGCACGCGAUCUAUCCUCCCACACGGCAAGUUCUACCACUCAGGCAUCUUUGGAGGAGGGUUGGUCAUUCUCAGCCGGUGGCCAAUCAGAGAGUCCUCGAUGUAUAGGUACCCGCUGAAUGGGCGGCCAACAGCAUUUUUCAGAGGCGACUGGUUUGUCGGGAAGGGUGUGGCAUGUGCCACAAUCUCACUGCCCGACGGCCUCCGCAUCGAAGUCUUCAACACGCACUUGCACGCGCCUUAUGAGAAAGAGCCGAACGACAGCUACAUCUGUCAUCGCACGGCCCAGGCAUGGGAAAUCGCGAAAUUGAUGCGAGCAGCCUCGGAAAGAGGCAGUCUGGUCAUCGGUCUCGGAGACUUCAAUAUGGUCCCUUUGAGCUUCGCACAUGUCCUCCUCGAGAGUCGAGCGGGUGUCCGAGACGUGUGGAGGGUCUUGAAGCCGGGCAGCAGCGUGGGUGCGAGCGUCGACCCGCCCGAGAGGGAGCGAAGGAAACGCAUGGGUGAAAAGCAUACUCCCGAUGUGGAUCAGAGUCUACUUGAACACGGCCACACCUGCGAUUCGGUGAUGAAUACCUGGCGCUGGGACAAGGCUCAUCAAAAACUCCUAGAGAAAGGCCUCGACCGGCGCAUUACAGGAACCGAUCCGGACCCGAAGGCGAAGCGACUGGACUACAUUUUCUUCAGCGGUGUCGAUAGAGGCUGGAAGGUUUCGGACGUAAAGGUUACAUUUGCUGAAAGACACCCAACGUUGCUAUGCUCGCUGAGCGAUCACUUUGCGGUAUGCGCAACCGUCGAGAGAACGACCAAGCAGCCGACGACGGCCGCGAGGCUCGAAGUCCAUGGAGCAUUGCACGACUCGGAGACGGAAGAGCCAAGUCUUGAGAUUGCAGAAUUUGAGGACACUGAUCUCCAGAAGGCAACCUCUAGUCUACCCACGCAAUACCAUCUCGGACAGGACUUCCACAACGAUAUCCUUGCCAUGAUCCACAAGUACACUUUGCGAGAAAGGAAACAACGACGAUAUCGUCUCCUGCAUUUCGUCGGGUCUGCUCUGGUCUCGAUCGGAUGUUUUGUUGCGGUUUGGUGGUCGCCGCACAAUUACGUCUCAUUCAUCUUGAUUUUACUGAGCAGCUUGGGCCUGAUGGCUGGAACAGUGGAUGGAUUAAUCGGAGGCCUCUUCGUAGGGUCGGAGCUGAGAGCCCUGGCAGAGUUCGAGUGGGAAAUUCGGAACUCCUUAAGUCAAACGGGCGGACCAGUUGUGGAAGACCGACAAUUCAGAGAUUGGUAUGACUGA